AUGUCCUUAUCUAUGCCAAAUGCAAACACAACAACAUCGGUGACAAUGCCACCGGAUCGCGAAGCACUUAGUUUAAUGGCAAACUUAAAGUUAGAUCGAUUUAAAUUGGGAAAACAAAAAUUCGAUGAAGAAUAUGCUGAGAUUAUGAAAAAGAAUAAUGAUGCAACACUAUCUUUAUUAGAUAAAGUUCAAAUGUUAAAAUACUCUCGAACAAGUCAGACAUUAUUGAAUCUCUUGAUGCUUGAUUUAGCCGAUUGGAACUGGCCUACUCAAGGUGUACGUGGCAUCCUUUCGACGAAAUAUCGUUGA